AUGCGCUUGCUGCCAGCGACCCCGAAGGUGCAGAGCCGCAAUACCACGAUGACCAGCCAGAACUCGAUGCCGCAGUCCGUGCAAAGCGUCCGCGAUGUAGUCGACGUCUUGGAGUUCGAACGGCAGCGAAGUCAGAACUCCAAGCCAGGUAUUGCCACCGUCGCAGCAAAGAACCUGCAGAUCACAGCGAAAAUUCCGGAGGACGAGUCAUGCUGCGUGGUGCUGUCUGUGGACGAUGACCUCGUGAAUCAGCAGGUGAUGAAGUCAUUGCUGGCUUCCUCACCCUACGACCUGAAGGUGGCCGUGCACGGCGGCGAGGCGCUGAACUUCCUCAGGGAGAACCCUCUGCCUGCCCUGGUGCUGCUGGAGGUGAUGAUGCCAGGACUGUCUGGGACUGAUGUCCUGCGGACGUUGCGCAAGAGCUAUCCAGCAGAAAUCCUGCCAAUCAUUAUGGUCUCGGCCAAAGGGGACAAAGACACGAUUGUGCGGUGCUUGAAGAUUGGCGCCAACGACUUCGUGCAGAAACCGUUUGGCCAGGCUGAGGUGAUCGCGCGGAUUGAGUUGCAGCUGAAGCUCACCAAAGCGUACAGGCAUCCGAACACUUGGAUGCGGCCUGCCAAGCCAAAGGAGAAGGUCAUAGCGCCCGAGUUCUUCCAGGGCGUGCUGCCGGAUGACUUGGUCUCGGCCUUGUUGGAUGCCUCUAAGAAGAGCGCGAGCAGCACAGCGAAGGAG